AUGACAUCUGGUGAAAAAUCGUUUGCUUCUGUUGCUGGAGGAGGAGGAGGAGGUGGAAAUGCUUAUAAAGCAGGAAGUGGCAGUAUGGGAGAUGGAAAUUUUAAAACACGAGCACGGCCAGAUGCUAUUCGAAAUAGUAAUAUUACGGCUGCGAAAGCUGUUGCUGAUGCAGUACGAACAAGUUUAGGACCACGUGGUAUGGAUAAAAUGAUACAGAAUGGUAAUGGUGAUGUGACAAUAACAAAUGAUGGUGCAACAAUACUUAAGCAAAUGUCUGUGAUACAUCCAGCAUCGAAAAUGCUUGUUGAAUUGUCCAAAGCGCAAGAUGUCGAAGCUGGUGAUGGAACAACAACUGUCGUUGUUAUUGCUGGAAGUUUACUCGAUGCCGCAGCACGUUUAGUGUCAAAAGGUCUCCAUCCGACAACAAUAGCUGAAGCAUUCGAAAAAGCAGCCGAAAAAGCUGCAGAAAUUUUAAAAAGUAUCAGUGUGCCUGUUCUUCUAACCGAUCGUGAGUCAUUACAUCAAAGUGCAUCAACAGCCUUAAAUUCAAAAGUUGUUUCUCAACAUACACAUUUACUUGCACCGAUUGCUGUUCAAGCGGUAUUAAAAGUAAUUGAUCCAGCUGUUGACACAAAUGUUGAUUUACACGAUAUUAGAAUAGUGAAAAAACUUGGUGGUACAAUUGAUGAUACAGAAUUAAUUGAUGGUCUAGUUCUUGAUCAAAAGACGAUUGGCUUUGGUGCACCAACACGUGUUGAAAGAGCAAAAAUUGCUCUAAUACAAUUUUGUAUUUCACCACCAAAAACUGAUGUAAAUAUGGAGAACACUGUUAUAAUUAGUGAUCAUGCGCAAAUGGAUCGUAUCAUCAAAGAAGAACGACAGUAUAUUCUGAAUAUUGUUAAACAAAUAAAAAAAACAAAUUGCAAUGUUUUAUUAAUACAAAAGUCAAUAUUAAGAGAUGCCAUUAGUGAUUUAGCUGUACAUUAUUUAGCAAAAAUGAAAAUAAUGAUUGUUAAAGAUGUUGAACGUGAAGAUGUUCCAUUUGUUGCUAAAACAUUAGGAUGUAAGCCAAUAGCAAGUUUAGAUCAUUUUCAACAAGAUAUGCUUGGAACAGCGGAAUUAGUGGAAGAACUAUCAUGUGGAAACGAUAAAAUUGUUAAAAUAACUGGGGUUGCUCAUCCAGGUCAUACAGUAUCGAUAUUAUUACGUGGUUCAAAUAAACUUGUUCUCGAAGAAGCUGAUCGUUCGAUUCACGAUGCACUUUGCGUUAUUCGAUGUCUUGUUAAAGAACGAGCAUUGAUUGCUGGUGGUGCGGCGCCCGAAAUUGAAUUAGCUGUACGUUUAGCCGAAUACGCUCAAACAUUAUCGGGUGUUGAUCAAUAUUGUGUUCGUGCAUUUGCUGAAGCGCUCGAAGUUAUUCCGUAUACAUUAGCCGAGAAUGCUGGAUUAAAUCCAAUAGCGACCGUAACAGAACUUCGAAACAGACAUGCGAACGGUGAUAGAAACGCUGGAAUCAAUGUUAGAAAAGGUUUAAUAUCAAAUAUUUUAGAAGAAAAUGUUGUCCAACCAUUGUUAGUUUCUGUUAGCGCAAUUAGAUUGGCAACAGAGACUGUGAGAUCUAUAUUAAAAAUUGACGAUAUUAUUGAAACAAUGUAA